AUGAAGAAGACAGCAUUCCUGACAGAGCAAGUUAGUGCUCUAAUUGAGCAGUGGAUUCCUCCCGAGUACAAGGAUCUUGGUUGUCCAACCAUUGCAUGCAGCAUUGGAAAUUAUGAGUUUGGGCAAGUUUUGCUAGAUUUAGGAGCUAACGUGAAUCUAAUGCCAUAUUCUAUUUAUUUGCAGUUGGGAUUAGGAGAAAUCAAACCAACCACUGUGGUAUUGCAAUUGACUGACCUUUCAUUCAAAGUAUCUCGGGAUAUGGUAGAGGAUGUUCUAAUUCAAAUUGAAAAAUUUUAUUAUCCUGUUGAUUUCCUAAUCCUUGACACUAGCUUUGUUGUUGUUACUACUUCUAAAAUUCCAUUGAUUUUAGGUAGGCCUUUCCUUGCUACCACUAAUGCUCUUAUUAAUUGCAGGAAUGGGCUCAUGAAGCUGUCUUUUGGAAACAUGACUCUCAAGGUGAAUAUCUUCCAUAUUGCAAAACAGCCAGAAGAUAAUGACGAGAGCCACCAGACAUACAUGAUUGACUCACUCAUGGAUAGGGGAGUUUCUAUAGCUCAUGAUUUUGAUACCCUUGAGUAUUUUCUUGUUAAUUCUGAGUUUGAUUCUAUCAAUGAUCCAUCUGAUGUAGUUGAUAUUUGUGUUAUUUUUUAUAGAACGCAUGAUUAUGGCACUCGAGCAUGGCAAUCGAAGUUUGAGGAGUUGUCUGAGAAAGGUGAAAAACAAAUUCCUUCAAGUGUGAAAGCACCCAAAGUUGAAUGA